AUGACAACGACAACGCUCCAAUCCGCAGCGCUCACCGAGAUUCUGCGAAGAGGUGGUCCUAUCCUCGGCACAUUGAACGAAUUGUAUAACAUCAACAUCAACAUCAACAACAUCAACACUAACACCAACAACAUCAACAACAGCAACAACAGCGAUAUCGAUUGCGGCGUCGCAGUGAAGGGCAAUGAAGAUAAAGACAAUAUCAAUAAGCCCAGCCCCAGCCCCAGCCCCAUCCUCAGCGACUGGAUGGCGCACAUCCCCGACGAAACACCGAUCGUCCGGAUGAAUCUUCCUGGGACACACGAUACCUGCACCUGGAACUAUACACCCGAAGUCCAGGAAUCGCUGAAGCGAUACACAGGCCCAAUCCCCGACUCGAAAAUAUACAGAUGCCAACACCGCUCAAUCUUCCGCAUGCUCAACGACGGCAUCCGCGUUUUAGACCUGCGCUACGCGUGGAAUCCGGAUUUGGAGUCUAUAGGGUUUUAUCACUCAAAAGCCCUCCUAAGCCCAACAACCCAACUCCAAGACGUCCUCUUCGGGCUAUACACAUGGCUCGACCUCCAUCGCACCGAAACCAUCCUCGUCUCGAUGAACUACGAGCCCGGCACCAUCACCGGCACAAUCAGCUGGUCCGACGACGCCCGGCUGCAAGAGGCGUUGUACGAUAUUUUGAUGGGUGGGCUUGCGAGGCGGUAUUGGGUGCGAUCUAACGGGUCGCUCGGGACUCUAGGCGAGGCGCGCGGGAAGCUUAUCCUGAUACAGCGCUUCGACUUUACGCUCCUUCCUGAGCAUAUGACGGAGCGCAUUGGGAUCCACCUCGAUCCGGGCCAUUGGAUCGUGAAUGGGAAGAACACCGCGCUUGAGUAUGGUGCUGGCAAAGUCGCUUAUAUCCAGGACUACUACAAAAUCGACCCGUCGAGCGAUUCACACCCUUCGUCCUGCAUCACCGAUAAACUGCACACAGUCCUAGCGCACCUCGAACGCGCGAUCGAUCCCGCGCUGCACCCGGACCAGCUAUACAUCAGCUUCGCGAGCGCGUCGUUUCGCGCCGAAGAGCCUUCUCUUACACCCCAGGUGUAUGCGCUUGGAGAUGGGAAGGAUACGGCGGGUGUGAACCAACGCCUCCUAUCUUGGUUACACGAGCAUCAAGGCAGGAGAUUCGGUAUCGUGUUACUCGAUUUCUAUGAUGGGGUGCCGUCACUUGUAGAAGCUAUCAUAGGUUUAGGUCAGACUUCCGAUACCUAA